AUGGCUGAUGCAGAUUUUUAUUUACCUGAUGAUUUGUGGGAACGUAUCUGCACAUUCCUGAACGACGAAGACGGUAAAGACAACAAUUGCUACUUGAAGUAUGUCUCCCUUGUCUCAAAGAAGUUCCCAGCUAUCACCAACAGUAUUCGAUUCUCUCUCACCAUCCGUAAAGAAACACGUCCUUUCCUCACUCCCAUCUUCCAUAGAUUUCCUAAUCUCACAUCGCUCGACCUCUCACGAUUUCGUGGUAACUACAGGGUUGACCGCAACACUUUUCUCACUGAAAUCUCAUGUUAUCCAUUGAACAUCACAUUGCUCAAUUUCGCUAACAGCGCCUUGAUUCCCUUAAACGGGCUGCGAGCAUUCUCCCAAAAUACUACAACUUUGACAUCUCUCAAUUGUUCCUACAAGGAUUCUAUCAAACUCCACCUCAGUAAACCUGCAAUAUUCCACGGUGACUUCCUCAAUGGGAUGGAUACUCUUUCGUUGGCAAUUCCCAAACUUCGUAAGGUUAAUCUAUCUCGUCAUACUUACCUCAAUGACCAAUUGCUUUUUCAACUGUUCAACAACUGGAAGCUUCUCGAAGAGGUCAUCAUAUUUGACUGUACCGGCAUAACAGAUGUCGGUAUUGCUUCUGCUCUACGUGUGAGGCCAACAUUGAGGUCUUUAUCCUUUCACAAAUUUUUCAAAUCGGACAACAUUUCAACUUUGUUUGUACUCAUUAAGAGUUGUACCUCACUUAGUGAUAUCAAAAUGGAAUCACCUACUGAUGUCACAAUGAAAACUGCGUGGAGUGAAACUUUGUAA